GUUACAUAAGGAAAUCUUUGGAAUUGUUUCUUUUUGCCAAAAAGUUUUUAGCAAAAUGAGUCGGAUUUAUCACAACACAUCUUUACAGAACAAGCCUGUGCACAACGAGAGUUUUGGCCGCGCCUGGAACCCGUCAUCGUAUGAAAGUGGAAAUGGAGUUCUUCUGGAAGGGAAGCUGCUGGACAUCUCCAGGCACACAAUCACUGAUAUCAACAAUCACAAGACACGCUUUUAUGUGCUGUAUAUCCAGCCCAGCCUAAUCCACCAGAGAAAGUUUGACGCUAAAGGCCUGGAGAUCGAGCCAAACUUUAGUGACACAAAGAAGGUCAACACAGGCUACCUCAUGUCCUCUUAUAAGGUUGAAGCCAAAGGUGAGACUGACCGUCUUUCAGAGGAGGACCUUUCAGCAUUAGUCAAUAAAAGUGAACUGAUAAAAAUCACAGACAAACACAAACCCAGUAGAUCUUGGGCCUUUUGGUACCCCGAGUCUGAGAUGGACAAGACUGAGCUGGAGACUGGACAGGAAAUCCGCCUCAAAACUAAAGGAAAUAGUCCUUUUAUAUUCUCUUUGGCAAAAAUAGAUGGCGGCACUGUUACAAAAUGUAACUUCGCUGGUGAUGAAAACGCUGGAGCAUCAUGGACAGAUAAAAUAAUGGCUAAUAAAGUAUCGGCAGGCAGUGAAAAGGCAGGAGGAGAAGGAGACGGAGCAGAGGACGAAGAAUGGGAUGAUUGAAGAAUGUCCCUCAGUCCUUGGCUCUGGCUCAAGUACAGACCGAAUUUGGCCUAAUAUCAGCUCAUCUGGAACAACCUCCCACACGUCAUUUCCCACAUGAUGCUACAGAAUUUUUUUGAUUUUCAUGAAUCUUUUUUAUUUUUUUCAUGUCUUCUACUAUUUUGUCUGUAAAAGCGACAGAUGUAGAGUGGUAAAUACACAGGUGGAUCAUAUAAGUUUUUAUAUUUCAUUGAAUUGAAUGCAUUGUUGGUGAUUUAUUUUGGUGCAGUAUUAUUGCAAUACUCAUUUUGUCUUUUUGCUCAACAAAACAUCUCAUGGAUCAACUCUAUAAAAGAAAACUUU